UUAAUCUGCAAAUUUUCUCAGAUGACGCAAAGACCGUGACUUCGCCUCCCUCUUCAUCUCCCCGUCCCUCCUCUCGCCUGUGUCUCUCCCAAUGCCUCGCUCUUGUCGGAUGGGAGACAGCGACACGCAGCAGGCAGGAUGACAAACCAGUCGACAGCUAACCAGUCCAACACAAACAAGGUGAAGGAGAAAGAAGAAAGCCAGCGAGAUGACAACACAGAGGUCGCGUAUAAAGACGCUGGCCACUGCAGCCGGAACACCCACAACCUGCUGCUGGGACUCACUGUUCUGGGUGUCGUAAUGGGAGCAGUGUUCGGGAUGCUGCUGCGGUACAUGAGGGUGACGGACAACAGCGUCCUCACCAUGGUUUCCUUCCCAGGAGACAUCCUCAUGAGGAUGCUGAAGAUGCUCAUCCUGCCUCUCAUCAUCUCCAGCCUCAUCACAGGGCUGGCAGGUCUGGAUGCCAAGUCCAGUGGCAGGAUGGGCAGCAGAGCUAUGGUGUACUACAUGUCCACCACCAUCAUAGCUGCCAUCCUCGGGGUCAUCCUGGUGUUGGGGAUUCACCCGGGGAACCCCAAACUGAAGGGGAGACAAUUGAACGCAGGCCCAAGGAAUCAGGAGGUCAGCAGUAUGGACGCCUUCCUGGACUUGCUCAGAAACCUCUUCCCUGAGAACCUGGUGCAGGCCUGCUUCCAACAGGUUCAGACGGUGCUGAAAAAGGAGUCCGUCGUGGCUCCGAACCAAACCGAGCCGCUCAUAGUGAAGAAGAAGACGCUGGAGUAUAAGUGGGGCAUGAACGUCCUCGGCUUGAUCGGCUUCUUCAUCACCUUUGGGAUCUGCAUGGGCCGGAUGGGUGAGCGGGGGAAGGUCAUGUGCGACUUCUUCAACAUCCUCAACGAGAUAAUCAUGGCGAUGGUUUCCAUGAUCAUGUGGUACUCUCCUGUCGGCAUCGCCUCCCUGAUCGCCGGGAAGAUCGCCGCCAUCGGAGACCUUGAGGUGGUUGCGCGGCAGCUCGGCAUGUACAUGGUCACCGUCAUCGUCGGCCUUGUGAUCCACGGCGGUUUAAUCCUACCCGCGAUAUUCUUCGCCACCACCAGAAAGAGCCCUUUCACCUUCUACUCUGGGAUCUUCCAGGCUUGGAUCACAGCUCUGGGCACUGCUAGCAGCGCAGGAACGUUACCCGUCACCUUCCGCUGCCUGGAGGAGAAUCUCAAGAUCGACAAGCGUGUGACUCGCUUUGUGCUUCCCAUAGGGGCCACCAUUAACAUGGACGGCACUGCGCUGUAUGAGGCCGUGGCAGCCAUCUUUAUUGCCCAGAUGAAUGACAUCUCUCUGGACGGUGGACAGAUCAUCACUGUCAGUAUGACUGCCACCCUGGCCAGUGUUGGAGCUGCCAGUAUUCCCAGUGCCGGACUGGUUACCAUGCUGCUCAUCCUGACCGCCGUCGGCCUUCCCACUCAGGACAUCAGUCUGCUCAUCGCUGUCGACUGGCUGCUUGACAGAAUGCGCACCUCCAUCAAUGUGGUGGGUGACUCGUUCGGCGCCGGCAUCGUGGCCCACUUGUCUAGAGUGGAGCUCGGCGAGCUCGACGCGGCCGAAAUGCAGCUGCUCCACCCGGAGGAGGAGGAGCUCGAUUUCAUCCCUCCGCCCCCCAUCCUCACAGAGAUGGACCUGAUGGAGCCUCUCAAACCGCCCGAGCUGCCGCCUCGCUCCCCUCGCCCGCCCAAACAAAACCACCACAGCCAUGUUAUCCCCCAGUCCGCCUCCAUCACUUACUCGCCCGCCCGUUCUGCCCGGUCUCCCUCACCCCGCUCCAUUCGCUCUCCCUCUCCGCGCUCCGUGUGCUCCCACUCCCCGAGACCUUUCCGUACUCAUUCACCACGCCUCCUCCACAGGACGGAGCCGGGCUACUGCGCCCUGCCCAGCCAUGACAACCAGAUUGCCACGAUGCCUCGCUCCUACAGAGAGAGAGACCGGGAACGAGAGCGGCUGAGGCGAGAGAGUGAAACAGAAGACGAGGAGAGAGAAAGAGUUCUGGAUGAAGUGAGCGACGGCGAGGAGAGCGACGACACCGCUUAUGAUCGAAGGCAUACCGUCCCGCCGGGUGACCUGCCGUGAUUGGAUAUUACCACCAGGAAGCUUCGCACAUCAGUCGGCUCCUGUUUCACACGCUGCUCCACUUUUCUGCAAGAUGCCGACCGAAGUCCACAGAGGAUUUCUGAGUGGUCACAUUUCUACUUCUUCGAUGUCUUUGGGUCCACCGCUCCUGAUAAACAGAACUGUUAAAUAAGAGAAGGGAAGGCUCACUUUGAGCUUGAUUAAGCAAAGAUGUUAAAUCCAGGCUCUACGGCCGUUUAGCUUCCACUGAACAAGGGCUUUAACAGAGAGUGUUAUCCCUUUAGUUUACUCGUCUUUACUUUUUAUAACUCCUUAUUGUCUUGAUUUGUCUUUCCUUCCCAAACUUGAAUAUUUCCUGUACGUCUGAACUUACUCAACCUGGCUGAUGGGAGAGAUGCUCUGAUUUUGCUCUCUGUUGAAAAGGAUGUGUUGAGUCCCCUUCUUACUCGCCUGCUGAAACACCCUGAGUUCCUGAGUUCAGGGUUUCUGUCAGUGAAGUUGUGAAACCCUGUAAUAAGUAUGUUGAGGGAAGGUUUGUUGGUUCAGGGUUCGACUAACUCUGCGAAAGUUAGCCGUCCAAGCAGCCAAACAUUAUGACCACCACCUGUUGUGUCGUCGUCAGGUCAGGGCCAAAGACAUGGACUCCUCUGGACAAAUAAAAGUGUGCUGUGGUAUCACGAAAACGUCAGCAGCAGAUCAGAGGUGGGGUCUCCAUGCAUUGGACUUGGUGGUCCAGCACAUCCCACAGGUGCCAUUGUAAAGAUAUAACUGUAUUCACUUCAGCUGUCAGUGGUCAUAAUCGUAUGGCUGAUCAGUGAACAACCCACAUUUUUAAAAAAGUUGGAACAGUUUGUGAAGUGUAAAAAGAAACAGAUCUUGAUGGUUUGCAAAUCAUUUAAAGCCUAAAUCUAAUUGAAACAAGCACAAAGACAACAUAUGAAAUGAUGCAACUGAAAAAUCAUCUUAAUUUUGAUGCCAGCAACAUGUUUUAAAAAGGUUGG